AUGCCUCCCAAAAACCGGGGAAAGACUGUGCCUGCGGGAUUUCAAUCGAAAUCCACCCCGAAUCUACCUGCAUUGCAAUCGGCAGAAGCCGCAGAACACAAUGGCAGCAGUGCUUCGUCACACCUGCGACCCAUAGCAAGCACUCUAGACGGUGCUCUCCUCACAGGAGUAUCCAUCGAAGAUGGAGAUGCAGACUCGCUCUCGUCUUCGAGUAUAGAAUCCGACGAAGAAGACUUAAAGCUACAAUCAAAUCGUCCAUUACAUACCUCACGCUCACACACUCACCUCCCCCGCCAAACCACGAGCGCACUCUAUCCGCCCUUCUACAACCGUCCUCCUACGCCGCUCCCACCCUCGCCAUCCCUGACCUCGCUUCUUAGACCCUCCAGACGCACGACCCCCGACUCCUCUGAUGUCGAGCUACCUAGCAUAACCUCCAGCACCACCACGCUUGUCAAAUCCGCACGCCAUGCCCCCCGCAUCCCGCGCGCCGCGCCCAAAGUGCCCACAUACGAGUACUACGGCUUCGCGCUGUACCUAGGCAGCUCGGCAGCCUUUUUAAUGUACAUCCUCUGGGCCUAUGUGCCUGCGCCAGUCCUACACAAUAUGGGCAUCUGGUACUAUCCCGACCGCUGGUGGGCGCUGGCCAUUCCGUGCUGGCUCAUCGCGCUGAUUAUAUACAUCUACGUUGCGCUGGCGAGUUGGAACACGGAGUACUUGACGCUGGGGUUGUCACGGGUCGAGUGUCUUGUGGAUGAGUGUGCGCAGGUGGGAGUUGUGGAUAGGCGGACGGGGGAGAUUGUUGGAAACGUAGGUGGUGCGGGAAAGAGUGAGGAUUACGACAAGUAUCGGUUUGGGGUGGGAGAGGAAGUGGAUUGGAAGUCAUUCUGGAGUAUGGGGACGGAUGCUGUGUUGGAUGUGCCGAUUGGUGGUGUGUGCGAGAUUCUCUACGGCGACGAGGAUUAA